AAGGGGCGGCGGGAAGGAGGAGCCGCCGCCGCCGGCACAGACUCUCCGGUUCGGCGGCUCCAUUUCCUGGACCUCCUUCCACCAGCUCACCCGCAAAAUGUACCGCAACCUGGGAGAACUGCUGACCCGGGGAGCGGGUGGUCUCCUGGCCUCCGCCGCCGACUCGGCGCUGCCGGCGUCCGCCUCGCUGCUGCGGCGCCGCGGCUACAGCCAGGCCGCGGACCGGGGCGACGACCCCAACUUUUUCACCAUGGUGGAGGGCUUCUUCGACCGCGGAGCCGCGAUCGUGGAGGACAAGCUGGUGGAGGACCUGAGGACCCGGGAAACCCCGGAGCAGAAGCGGAAGAGAGUCAGCGGGAUCCUGCGGAUCAUCAAGCCGUGUAACCACGUCCUGAGCGUCUGCUUCCCGAUCCGGAGGGACAGCGGCGAGUGGGAGGUGAUCGAGGGCUACCGGGCUCAGCACAGCCAGCACCGGACGCCCUGCAAGGGAGGGAUCCGGUACAGCACCGAGGUGUCGGUGGACGAGGUCAAGGCUCUCGCCUCCCUGAUGACCUACAAGUGCGCCAUCGUGGAUGUUCCGUUUGGUGGAGCCAAAGCUGGAGUGAAGAUCAACACCAAGAACUACACGGACACUGAGCUGGAGAAAAUCACCAGGCGGUUCACCAUCGAGCUCGCCAAGAAGGGAUUCAUCGGGCCCGGAAUCGACGUUCCGGCUCCGGACAUGAGCACCGGGGAGCGGGAGAUGUCGUGGAUCGCCGAUACCUUUGCCACGACCACGGGACACAACGACAUCAACGCCCACGCCUGCGUGACGGGGAAGCCCAUCAGCCAGGGCGGGAUCCACGGCCGGAUCUCGGCGACGGGCCGCGGUGUUUUCCACGGCAUCGAGAACUUCAUCAACGACGCGUCCUUCAUGAACCGGGUCGGGCUGGCGCCGGGCGUCCGGGACAAGACCUUCGUCAUCCAGGGCUUCGGUAACGUGGGGCUCCACAGCAUGCGCUACCUGCACCGCUUCGGCGCCAGGUGUGUGGGCGUGGCCGAGAUGGACGGCAGCAUCUGGAACCCGCGCGGCAUCGACCCCAAGCAGCUGGAGGACUACAAGCUGGCCAACGGGACCAUCGUGGGGUUCCCAGACUCCACGCCGUACGAAGGCAGCCUGCUGGAGGCCGACUGCGACAUCCUGAUCCCCGCCGCCAGCGAGAAGCAGCUGACGCGGCGCAACGCGCACCGCGUCAAGGCCAAGAUCAUUGCAGAAGGAGCCAACGGGCCGACCACGCCUGAGGCGGAUCGGAUCUUCCUGGAGAGGGACAUUCUGGUGAUCCCGGACAUGUACCUGAACGCGGGGGGCGUCACCGUCUCGUACUUUGAGUGGCUGAAGAACCUGAACCACGUGAGCUACGGCCGGCUCACCUUCAAGUACGAGAGGGAUUCGAACUACCACCUGCUGAUGUCCGUUCAGGAGAGUCUGGAGAGGAAAUUUGGGAAACUGAACGGCUCCAUUCCAGUCGUUCCCACAUCGGAGUUCCAGGCCCGGAUCUCCGGAGCGUCUGAGAAGGACAUCGUCCACUCGGGCCUGGCCUACACCAUGGAGCGCUCUGCCAGGCAAAUCAUGCAGACGGCCAGCCGGUACCAGCUGGGUCUGGACCUGCGGACGGCGGCGUACGUCAACGCCAUCGAGAAGAUCUUCAAGGUGUACCGUGAUUCUGGGCUCAUCUUCACAUAAGGUUCUGGUUCCGGUUCCGGUUCCAGACGCUACCCGCCUCCCUUGGCGCUCCUGCUGCUUCAUCGCUCCUCUUCCUCACAGCCCACUGGACCGCAGAGCCGCCGCGCACUGAGGCCUUCAGACGGAUCAGAACCAUGUGGACCGGGCCGGAUCAAGGAACGCCCUGACUCCGACUACCGGUUGUUCUGAUGGACAGAACCAGGAAGUUCCUUCCAAAAUAAAAGCCCCCUGGCAGAAUGAAA